UUUUAGCCCUUUUGAAGCCAACCAGCCCUUCAAACAGAAGUCCGGCACUACAAUAGAGGGCGGGCUGUGUGAAUCACAUCUGCCAAGCCUUUAACUGGCAGUGCAUUGACAACCUGCGGAUGAUAUAAACAGUAGCAAAAGGUCUCCGUACAUUAAGAGCUACUGCAGAGGAUAAAGGGCAGAUCGGCCCGCUGUGCACCCGGGAAGCUCCGCCCGUUAGCGGCGUCUCCUCUCCUCCUCAGCCCUCAUUCAAAACAGAACACAGCUGUUGCGAGGCGCAUCGUCGUGUCCGGGAGUGUUAGCCUAACAAAAACGGUUAGCAGCCUGCCUUCCGCUGAUGUGCCCGCUGGAAUACCAGAAGAAGAAAGAGCAAAACGGCGCACGUCGACAGCAGAGACCAGCCUUGGAGAACGAUAAAACUCGAUAGACAAACGAAAACAGAACAACAGCCUAACUUCACUUCAAGCAUUAUGUACAUCUGACACCCAUCUGAGGGCCGGGCGGGCUUUGCUGUAGCUGAGGAUGAUGAAUGGUCUCCUGCAUUAGAGCUAGAUGGUGUGGGAAUGAUGGACCUCCCUAAUGGCCAAUCCAGUAUCUCCACCAGUGCUGCCACAGUCUCUGAGAAGAGCAGCAGCUCAGAAUCUCUCAGUGAUAAGGGAUCUUCAGAGCUGAAGAAGAGUUUUGACGCAGUUGUGUUCGAUGUGCUGAAGGUCACUCCUGAGGAAUAUGCAGGCCAGAUUACACUCAUGGAUGCUCCUGUGUUCAAAGCCAUCCAGCCAGAGGAGCUGUCAAGUUGUGGCUGGAACAAGAAGGAGAAGCACAGCUCUGCUCCAAAUGUUGUGGCCUUUACCUGCAGGUUCAACCAGACAAGUUUCUGGGUGGUACGAGAGAUCCUCCAUGCACAGACGUUGAAGAUCAGAGCCGAGGUGCUGAGUCUGUAUAUUCGCACUGCCAAGAAACUGUGUGACAUGAACAACCUCCAUGCGGUAAUGGCAGUGGUGUCAGCGUUACAAAGUGCUCCCAUCUUCAGGCUAACCAAAACUUGGGCGUUACUGAAUCGGAAGGACAAGGCAACGUUUGACCGGCUUGAUUACCUGAUGUCCAAAGAAGACAACUAUAAACGCCUGAGAGACUACAUCAGCAGCCAGAGCAUGGUUUCUUGUAUACCAUACCUAGGAAUGUACCUUUCUGAUCUGACAUAUAUAGAUUCAGCCUACCCCUCCACGGGCAGCAUACUGGAGAACGAACAGAGAUCAAACCUGAUGAAUAACAUUCUCAGAAUCAUAUCGGACCUGCAGAGAUCCUGUACCUACGAUAUACCAGUGUUGCCUCAUAUACAGAAGUAUCUCAACUCAGUCAGGUAUAUUGAGGAGCUGCAGAAGUUUGUGGAGGAUGACAAUUACAAAUUGUCACAGAAGAUUGAGCCGGGCACCAGCACACCACGAGCCAACGCCUCCAAAGAGGAUCUUGUCGGUCAGGAAGCGUCAGCAUCUCCUCUCUGUGGACGUAAAUGUGCAGUAGCACCAGACGGAACCAAAGUCCCAGCAACACCUCCAUCCCCCAGGAACCUUCUGCCCUACGGACACAGGAAGUGCCACAGUCUGGGCUACAACUUUAUCCAUAAGACAAAUACAGUAGAGUUUAAAAGUGCUACAUUUCCCAAUGCUGGCUCUCGCCAUCUGUUGGAUGAUAGCGUGAUGGAAAGCCACAGUCCUACCAGGGGACAAGCAGAGAGCUCAACACUGUCCAGUGGCAUUUCACUUGGGAGCAGUGAGGGCUCGGAGCUCAGUGAAGAGAUGUCUUGGCCAGCUUUUGAGAGGACUCGGUUCUAUCACUCUCUGGGCCCAGUGACCCGUGUGGCCCGCAUCCCCUACAAAGGCGUCCUGAGGCCCAGCAGCUCAGCUGAGUCAGAGGAACUUGCAGUUCACUUGUACCCUGGAGCAGUCACAGUGCAAGGAGUGUUAAGGCGAAAGACUGUGCUCAAGGAGGGCAAGAAACCAACUGUGGCAUCUUGGACCAAAUACUGGGUUGCUCUGUGUGGAACCCAACUCUACUACUACCCUGCCAAAUCCUUGAAGGCCACUGAGAGAAAACAUUUCAAGUCCACGUCCAGCAAGAUCGUGUGUGUGGUCGGUCUGAUGGCUAUGAUGGCUGACGAUCCCGAGCACCCUGACGUCUUCUUGCUGACCGACUCUGAGCAUGGUAACACCUACAAGUACCAGGCAGGGAACAGAAUGAAUGCUUUGCUCUGGUACAAACAUCUGAGUGCUGCCUGUCAGAGCAAUAGGCAACAGGUGCCAGCCAAUCUGAUGUCAUUUGAGUGACUUGUGAUUAGAAGUGCGGCUGAACAAAGGAGAGAGGGAUGAGGAGACAGACGAGGACGAUGGGGAAGGAGUGCCGACUCAGUAAUGGGAGCUUUCACUGCCAUCAGCCCUGACCACCGAUUCUCCGAUUCUUUGCCCUGGCCUCACUGCAGCCACACCUGCCACCACUGCCUUAACCAGAGUACCCUGUGUGUGUGUUUGUAUUUGACAGUGAAUGCGAAUCCGUGUGGAUGAAAAUGACUGUUUUGGAUUUAUUAACUACUGAACAAGAACCUGCACCACUGCUCAUGUCUCCCGUUGGCUUUCGGUGUCUUCUGUUCAGCACCUUCACUGGAGCCAUUUGACUUCUCCUUGCUUACAGACUGACAGGUUUUUGUUUUUUUUGGUUUGUUUUUUUGUUGUUGUUUUUUGGGGGAAGGACAGACCCCCCCUAUCCCCCUUUUUUGUGGUCCCCCCACCUCCUUUUCACUAUGUGAACUAUCCACCCUCCAUGCUUGAAAGCAAGUUUUCCAUCUUUUUAUUCAGGUGGAUACACAAUCACGCAAACAAACACACGUUGUCAGACUAACUCACCGGACUUUAGACUUAUUUUUACUUACUUGAUUCACACUUUAAAUUGUUGGUCACUUCAAUCACUUGCAUUGGCUCGAAGUCACAUGGUUAUUUAUAUUUGCCAUGUGCACACAUACACAAACAAACGUAUUUGAUUGCAUCGUUGCAAACGUAAGGGCUCUUAUUCGCAAUCAAUUCCAGCAGAAACAAUUCCCACACUUCCUGAAUGUGUCUAGGUUUUAUUACUGUUCAGUAUGCGGUGGUAUAACUGCGCUGAGUGGGAGGUUCACUUUAAUCAGAGGAGUCUUGUCUGUUUUCCACAGAGGUACGAUAAUCCCAGAAUCUAAGCUAAGACGCGUUCACGGUCGGGUAGAUGAGAGUUGCUCCUUUUCCUCCAGUGCUGUCUGCUCGCUGCCGCCUGACAUCCGCUCAGAAAGGCGAUGCUUUGUCCACCAGACACACACACACACAUAAACACUAAAGACUCGAAACUGUGAAAGAGUCAAAGAAAGAGAGCAACAGAAACUUGUGAUACAUGAUUUUAUCUCCUCUGGUUUAGAGUAGACACUCAAAGCUACCUGGAGCCAUACAGAGUCUAUUUUAAAUCUUUGUUUAUUAUGUUUUGGGGUUUUUGUUUUGUUUGUUUUUUUUCUCUUGGGCGGGAUGGUGCAGUUCACAGUAUUACUAUGUAGUAGAUGAUUGCACAGCAACAUUGUUUCUGUUACAUUUGAAUGUCUUUACUUUUUUUCUUUUUUCUUUCUUUUUUUUUUUUGCAAUUAUUUUGAAUAUUUUUAAGUACAUGUGAAUUUUAGUUUUUCUAUUUUUGACCCUCACCUUCGUAUCCAAGCCCGGCUUCGGAAUUUUUGGAAAUGGCAUAAGCACCGAGGUUAUAAGUAGUACAAAGUGACACCGCCAUCAACGUUUUUCUACUGCUUUAUGAAAUGAAAGCCAGAGCUGCAGUGCAAUUACGUGUAGUUACUGGUAUGUUUCAGUUGGGAAAAACCGGGGAUUUACAUUUUCCGCUGUACAUCCCGUAUAUGUCAGUAUGCCACAGGCUGACUUUUGCGGUUUUUGCAAAAACACGAGCGGAGUGAUGGUGGUGUACACAACAGUGAGGUGCUUUUUUUUGCUCAGUAAUAGUCAAACAUCAAAUUUUUCCUUUUUAAUAGUUGUUUACACUGUAUGUUUACACAAUCCUAUGCCCAGUUUCACAAUCCCUUCACUGCACAUACUGUAUUUAAUAGGAAGCCUACCGUUGUCCCAUCUAUUAGUGGGGUGUGUUAAACUCGGAGGUUUCAGGCUGUUGAUAAAAGAUAAUGGGGUGGACACGUUCCAUACUAACGGCUUUCUAAUGGGUUUUUCUUCUUCUCCAGGCUAAUGUCCGGUUCAUUGAGUUUCAGUCCUUUUUGUUAAAGGAGACGUUGUAGUGGAUAAACCUGUGGAAGAAUGAAUGAGGGAGCCAAAAACAGGCCUGUGUAAUGUGACAGUCUCUUAAAGUAUGUGUGCGCAUAUGUGUGCCUGUGCAUACGUCUCUAUUUUUAUAAUAACAUUGUAAUUCAAGCCAGAUUAGGCAAUCCCUUGAGGCUGCCAUCGCUGCUGAGCAGUGGGGUUAACCAGCUACCUAAUCGUGUGUGGCUAACUUCCAGUUCAUGCAACGGCUCCACACUGAGUUGUGCUGUGCUGAAAUUCUGAAGAAAAGGUGACUCACAAGGAGAAAGGAAGUGGAACUCAUCUGUGUCCGCUGUUGCUGGAGCUGCGCGCUGAGGAGAGACUUUGUGAAGCAACAAAAUCCCAGAGUGACAUACCAUGGAGGCUAACUGAUGUUUGAGUACUGCUGGUUGGCCAAAGGGACAAAAGAGGGCUGUGAAUUAAAUGGAUGAAAUGUGAGACGCAGGAUGGGUGGCUGAGAGACGAUUUACCUGUGUUUGUCUAAAGAUGCUGGUUACUCUGUCUUAACUGACAUAAUCAGACAGUAUGUCAUUUGCAGUGCGUCAAAUAAGUUUGUGCAUCUAUGGAAGAAUUAAAGCUGUGGUCUGUGCAAAAGGAGAAAAUGCAAAGAUGUUAAACAAAGCCCGUCUUGAUGGUCAGCGACCCCGUCACACGUUUCCUUUCUUUAUAUUAGCUUUAUCUGAUGUUAAAUGAGAAUGGUGGAAGAAAAAGACAAAUGUAACUGUGGACAUCAGAACAGAUUUUUUUUUUUUUUUUUUUAAUUAAUCUGGGUACAAUAAUCUCUUUGAGAGCAACCCAAAUUAUGUCAGGCAUUUUUCUUCUUUUGUGUGGUUUUCCUCACUGUAAUCUGAGUUUACAUGUUUUUGGGGUUUUUUGUUUUUUUCGCUGUUCAGCAUAUGGUCAAAGUAAUGGAAACAGGUGUUUAAUUUAGAGUUGGAUUUCAAGAUCAACCACUACUACUUCUGUUUUUGGAGAGUGUAAUAUAGCCACGCUCCCUUUAAGAUAAUCUUUUUAGAUUUUUAUGAAGAAAUUUGAUGCCAUGCUUGAACAUUUUCGUGUCUGCGUUACGAGCUUGUGUUGUUUCCUUCAAACUGACCAUACUGUCUGCACAUGCACAGCUUGCCCUGUAUUAACUGUUCCGGGCGAAGCUCAUUCUAAAUCAGUCUUUUUAAUGGUCUCGUUGUCGAGACGGAGGGUUCGAUGGGAGGAUGUUUAUUCUUUCGGUUGGCUGGAGAAGUGUAUUCAAUGUGAAACGGUGCCUCACGUGCACCAGCCAGGCAUUCAUUCAGCGUUUACAGAGGACAGCAACGACGGCAGCCUGCAUUUUAAGUCAUCAAAGCUGAUGGGGGGUGAUGUAUAAAUUACCUUCACCCUUUACCUGGCUCUGUGUGUGUGUCGUCUCUGCCUGCAUCAUGACUGGCCAGUGCUAUGACCUCUCUGAGUGAUGCGCUGCCUAGUGUGAAGACUGAGUAACAAUAAACACUUUUUUUCUUUUUUCUUUUUUUUUUAAAACUUCACAUCAAUUUUAUGCUCGUUGUCCUGUUGAAGGUUGUGUGUGACUGUGAAAUGAAGCACAGAUUUGUGCAGGUGAAUGUGAGUCUUGGUCGUAUUACAUGUCACAAUGCUAUUUGACAAUUCCAACCACUCCUCCCUUCUCCUUUUUAAAAAAAUAAAAUAAAAAAAAUUCUGGAACUGGUGAUGAGCACAAUGUCUAGUACUAUGGCUUCUUCGUAGUAGUGAUGCCAACAUAUAUUUUUUAAAGCAAUCUAGAUUUUUAAGUCUAACAAAAUAUCGAAAAACAAAAUCGGAGCACCCCAGUUACUCUGUGUUGGUUAUUUUGUAUUCUUAUUACACUUUCUUAAUCAUUGCUAGGUUACAGUCAGAUCCACUACACUAUAGAUGUUGGCUUUGCAUUAGUAAUAACGCACUGAGGUGUCAGUCAUACAUAAAGUAUUAACUAUUUUGUUUAAGGUGUUUUGUCUGUUGGGUACAGUUUAAAUGUUUGGGGGUUUUUUUGUUUUUUGUUUUUUUUGUUUUUACUUCUCAGGCCUCCUAAUUAUUCAAAUAAAAUGAUUUAAAAUAA